AUGACCACGCUUACACGAAACUUCUCCGGAAAACCAGGCUGCGGUAGUCCAAACGCCCAUCAUAGCUUUGGUACAAGGAACCCCACAAAGAUGAAUUACCAACGCUACGAACCUUACGUGCCCGUUGGGCCACGAUUUUCUCAGGGCAAUGGAGGUGCCCGACGCCACGCAAACAACAGCCAUGACAAUCACAACGGCAAUGAAGUUGGCAACCAGUGGAACACCGAUCGCGGUGGCAAUAGAAAUGGCAAUCGAAGAAAGCGCCGGAACAACAAUGCCAACUACAACAAUGUCAACGGCUACAACAAUGCCAAUGGCUACAACAACAACAACGUCAACGGCUACGACAACAACGUCAACGGCUACAACACCAACGGCCACAACGCCAAUGGGUACAACAAUAACAGCAAUGGAAAUUACAAUGGACAAAAUGUCAACCCGAAUUACAAGGGGAAGAAUUAUGAUCCCAAUUACAGAGGGAGAAAUCACAACUCCAACACCUCUCAUGCCGCACACCAACCUUUGCCUGCCGCACACCAGCCUGUGCCUGUCGUGAAUUCCAACAUCGACUUUCAGAUGGCUGAGGCGCCAGCUUAUGUGUGUCCACCACCUGAUGAGCCAAACGAUAUCGAAAUGCCCGACGCACCACCUCUUGUAGAUACAGUGAGUGAUAUCAGGGAAGCAGCACAGGGUCUGCAAGAUGCACUAACCUCGGUUUUUCAGAGAAUCCAAGCGCUCGCCAAGGGCGCUUUUGCAAUCAAACAGAUGGUUAGUCCCCCGCUUUCGAAUUUCCAAUUCAAUCCCGUUUCAUUCCAUGAACCUACUUCCCAUCAGCCUGGUUUUCAUCCCUCUGCUUUCAAUCCUCCUAAUUUUGGUCACAAUGCUUUCGAUCAUCCUAGUUUCCGUCGCCCCGUGUUCCGUCCCGCAACUUUCCAUCCCCCAGAUUCCAUAACCCUAAUCCCCCACUUACUUGGCAACCCUGAAUGUAAUUACUUUCUCUAA